CUCCUCCUCGACAGAUCGACAGAUUGAGAGAGUGUGCGUGUGAGGGAGAGAGGCGAAUCGAGAUCGGGAGGCGGGGAAGAUGUUGAUGACGAAGAGCUCGAUGGGGGCCAUGGAAGGGCCCGUGCUUGACGACGUGAUCCACCGGCUGUUGGAAGGCAGGCAGGGCGGCCGCCAGGUCCAGCUCUCGGAGUCGGAGAUCCGCCAGCUCUGCAUCGAAGCCAAGCACGUCUUCCGCGCCCAGCCCAACCUCCUCGAACUCCACGCCCCCAUCAAGAUUUGCGGUGAUAUACAUGGACAAUAUCUUGACCUUCUGAAGUUGUUUGAAAAAGGUGGCUUUCCUCCUCAUUCUACUUAUUUAUUUCUUGGGGAUUAUGUGGAUAGAGGCAAACAAAGCUUGGAGACGAUAUGUUUGCUUCUGGCAUAUAAAGUCAAGUACCCUGAUAAAAUCUUUCUACUGCGUGGAAAUCAUGAAGAUGCAAAAAUAAACCGAGUUUAUGGAUUUUACGACGAAUGUAAAAGGAGAUUCAACGUUCGUCUCUGGAAGACAUUCUGUGAUAGUUUUAAUUAUUUACCAAUGGCAGCAUUAAUUGAUAAAAAGAUAUUGUGUAUGCAUGGGGGCCUUUCACCGGAGUUGAAUAGCUUGGACCAAAUCAGAGAUAUCAAAAGGCCCACUGAAAUACCGGAUUAUGGUCUUCUUUGUGAUUUGCUUUGGUCCGAUCCUGAUCCUAAGAUUCAAGGAUGGGGUGAGAGCGAUCGCGGCGUUUCGGUUACAUUUGGCGCUGAUAAGCUUGCAGAGUUUUUGGACCAGCAUGAGCUUGAUCUCAUAUGCCGCGGUCACCAAGUAGUUGAGGAUGGUUAUGAAUUUUUUGCAAAUCGGCGAUUGGUUACUUUAUUUUCGGCACCAAACUACUGUGGAGAGUUUGAUAAUGCAGGUGCAUUGUUGAGCAUAGACAAAAACCUAUUCUGUUCAUUUGAGAUAUUGAAACCCUAUGAUUUCAUGUCUACUCCAGGCAGCUCCAAUGCAUUAAAAACAGCACCUAAGAAGUCAGAAACAGGCAAAGUUUGACGUGUCUUCAAUCGGUUGUCGAAGUUUAACUCGGCUCCAAGGGGGAGAUCUAAUGGGUGUGGAUCCGCCGGAGCUUGCACUAACUCUGUUGCAGUUCUGGUACUUUGGUAGAGCUUACGACUAAUUUAACUCUCUGUUUUAAAUGAUCAGGAGAGCCAAGCUUGUCUAUCAAGCCGGAAACACCAUGUGUAAACAACACUAAGAGCUUUGUUCAUGUACAGCAAUGUAGGAUACUCAUGUUCUUUUCUUCUCCACCAUGUUAGGUGGCUGCACUUUCUCCUUGUAGCUGCAAGCGAUUCCUUUCGGAUCCUCUCAUUGUGUUGGUUUUCUUUCCUCGACACUCAAAUGCAUAUU